UCCGCUCUCGACUCCUCCUUUGUCUGAGUCCUUUCGCUCCUCCGCCUAGUUAUUUAUUUAUUUCCUUUUCGUUUGUGGGGUAUAUUUUAUAUAUCCUUAUCUCUCGGUUAUUGAAUGACACUCGAUUCCGACACAUAUAUGCCUAAAAGCAAAGCCCCCAAAAUGGAUGAUGUGGACUACAUCCCAGCGGACCUGAGCCCGGAGGAGCGCUCCGAGCUUGAGGAGAUCCGGCGCAGGAAGGGAGCGCUGCUUCUGGAGAUCCAGCGGCUGAAGGAGGAGCUGAGGGAAGCCAUCAUAGAGGUGGAGGGGCUGGAGAGCAGCACGGACGGCAGUAAAACAUUACAGAAGAGUCGGCAUGUGGCCAUGGGCAGGAAGAAAUUCAACAUGGACCCGAAAAAGGGCAUUGUAUUCCUAGUGGAGAAUGAGCUUCUUAGACACACUUCAGAGGACAUUGCCCAGUUUCUGUACAAAGGAGAAGGACUCAAUAAAACUGCAAUAGGAGACUAUCUGGGUGAAAGAGAUGACUUCAAUAUUAAAGUAUUGCAAGCUUUUGUUGAUCUUCACGAAUUCACGGAUCUGAACUUGGUACAAGCACUUCGACAGUUCCUGUGGAGCUUCCGCUUGCCCGGCGAGGCUCAGAAGAUCGACAGGAUGAUGGAGGCUUUCGCACAGAGAUACUGUCACUGCAAUCCUGGAGUCUUCCAGAGCACAGACACCUGUUACGUGCUGUCGUUUUCCAUCAUCAUGUUAAACACCAGUCUGCACAACCCCAACGUGCGGGACAAGCCCUCGGUGGAGCGCUUCAUCAGCAUGAACAGAGGCAUCAACGACGGAGGAGAUCUACCCGAGGAGCUGCUCCGAAAUCUGUAUGACAGCAUCAAGAACGAGCCCUUCAAGAUCCCAGAGGAUGAUGGGAAUGACCUGACGCACACUUUCUUCAACCCGGACAGAGAAGGCUGGCUCCUCAAACUGGGAGGUCGUGUGAAGACAUGGAAGAGACGGUGGUUCAUUCUGACUGAUAACUGCCUCUAUUACUUUGAGUACACAACAGAUAAGGAGCCCAGAGGCAUCAUACCAUUAGAGAACCUGAGCAUUCGAGAGGUCGAAGAUCCCAGAAAGCCAAACUGUUUUGAGCUGUACAUCCCUAAUAACCGCGGGCAGCUGAUAAAGGCGUGUAAGACGGAGGCCGACGGUCGAGUGGUGGAGGGAAACCACAUGGUGUACCGGAUCUCAGCUCCCACCCCGGAGGAGAAGGACGAGUGGAUCCACAGCAUCAAAUCCGCUGUGAGCGUGGACCCCUUCUACGAGAUGCUUGCAGCCAGAAAGAAACGCAUUUCUCUAAAGAAGAAAGAAGAGCAGCCCUGAAAGUCCUCCGCUCCUCCUCAAUCCAUCCAUCCAUACGCUCCCUCCAUCCUCUGGGAAACCAGUGAUCCUUCAUUAAGGUGGCUCUCGUCCUCUCGUCAGAUCAGUCUGUUAUUCUGGUUCAUGGAGAGUUGGAUGUCGUUGGGGAAUCAGAACGUCACCAUCUUGGGUCUGGAUUGCGGUGGUCUGGACUGCAGCUCUUAUCUCCACACUUCUCCUACACUUGCACACUACACAGUGUUAUUCACUAUCACACUAGUCUGUACAGAUUCUCACUGUGUUAUGCUGACGUUGAAUCUGCUUUAUUCUCCAUCCUCAUCUCACAGCUCCAGUUCCUGCUAUUUACAGCGUUGCACUGUGAAGUUCUUACACAAACAGUGUAGACGUCCAAACAGCCUGAUCGGUGUAUUCAUCUUCAUCAUCAUCAGGGACGGAUCUAACCAAGCCUUUAGCAGAGACGAGCGGGACGUUUGCUUCACGCUGAAGGCUUUUGUUAGUUCAGUCGCUGGUGAUUUACUGAGUCU